AUGAUAACUAAUCAAGAAGGUUGGUACACUUCGAGUAAUAUAGAAAAUAUCCAUAUUUAUGCUGACUACAGUUCUCCAUUAAGCGACAAUCAGGUUGAAAAUGUUGGAAAGAUUGGAGAGUUGAUAUUAAACUAUUCGCACAUCUUCAAAUAUAUUUGUGUUUCCCUAGGGUAUCUAUACAAAUCUCAAGUUAAACACAAUUCCAACUGGUUCAAUUUCAAUAUCACAACAUUACCUUCUACUGAAUGUAAGAGACCAAAUGAAUUUGAUUAUGAUUUCAUUAUUAAUCUGAAUGAUCAAGCUUAUGAACGUGUUAUUCAGCUCAAUCUGAAUGGCUGCUAUUUAUUUAAAUUUUCUGGAUCUAUAUUGCAGUAUAAUCCAAAAAAUAGAAAAACGACAUUUUGGGGUAUUUUGGAUAUUAUUGGUAAACAACCAGCUGCAAUUAAGAAAUGUGAUAAAUUGAAGAAUCUAAAAAAAUUAUCAAUAUCAUUCAAUACAAUUAAAAAAAUAGAGAAUCUUGACAAUUUAAUCAAUCUAGAAUAUUUGAAUCUAAAAAACUGUUAUCAUGUUGAAAAAAUUGAAAAUCCGGAUAAAUUGAAUAAUCUAAAAACGUUAAUAAUAUCGGACACAAAGAUCAAUAAGAUGGAGAAUUUAGAUCAUUUGAUUAAUUUAGAGCAUUUAGAUUUAUCAUGCAAUAUUUUUAUUCAAAAAAUUGAAAAUUUAGAUAAAAUUGAAAAUUUGGAUAAAUUAGUCAAACUCAAAAGGCUUUACAUUUCCAAUAACAGCAUCAAAAAAAUUGAUGGAUUGUCAAAGUUGAUUAAUCUAAAUUACUUGAAUCUUGCUUUGAAUUUAAUCGAUAAAAUUGAGAAUUUGUCAUAUUUGAUUAAUUUAAUUAAAUUGGAAUUGGGGGGAGGGGGAAUAGGGAUUUGA